AUGGCCUCGAAAGCUAUAAGGAGGAGGCCUGCCGAGAAAGAAAGAGAGAGACAUAUGGAAACAACAAUGCCGGAAUCUGUCACAGCCCCUCUUCUAGGAAAUAGUGCCCAGGGGAAUAAAUCGGAGGGUUAUGAGCCUAUACCAGAUUUCUGGGAUGGAAAAUCACGCGAGUGCCUUCAUUGGGUGCAUAUUGUAUCUACUUUUAUUACUCAGUCUGCAAGAAAGAUAGUAAAUGCUAUUUCGGAGUUUGGUUCGUUUCUAGCAAGGUUCUUUGGUUGCUCCUGUGCUCCCCAAAGUUCACAAAAUGCACAGACAAUGCUAAUUCACCUCAGUCCAUUACAGGAGGAGAGAUUAAAAUUCUUGAGACAAAGAUUAAAUGUGCCAUUUGAUUGUUCCGCUGUCAAGCACCAGGAUGCACUAAAAGAACUUUGGAGAUUGGCUUAUCCUAACCGAGAACUUCCUCCUCUGAAAUCAGAUCUAUGGAAGGAAAUGGGCUGGCAGAACUCUGACCCAGCAACAGAUUUUAGGUCUGGGGGAUUCAUGUCCUUGGAAAAUCUAAUAUAUUUUGCAAGAAAUUACCCAGAUUCCUUUCAUCGGCUAUUACACAAGGCAGAUGGUGAGAGAGCUGAAUGGGAAUAUCCUUUUGCAGUAGCUGGCGUAAAUAUAUCUUAUAUGUUAGUUCAAAUGCUGGAUUUACAAUCAGAAAAUAGGAGGAGCUCAAAAGCAAGAGUUGGCUUUGCUCAACUACUUGAAGAUGACGAGAUGGCUUUCGAUAACCUUUUCUGCCUAGCUUUUCAGAUGCUCGAUGCUCAGUGGCUUGCAAGGAGAGCUAGUUAUAUGGAAUUCAACGAGGUUCUGAAGUCCACACUAGGCCAGUUAGAGCAAGAGCUUACAAUUGGAGGCGUUUCAAGCGUUCAGAAUCUGCCAUCGUUCAGAAUGUUAAGGAGAUAG